AUGAAUCAUCGAUAUCAAGAUGCGCACGAUUUCUUGGAACUUUUACAGGCCAUCUUCCCUCUCGAGGGUGAAUUAAUCAUGGACGAACCAACUUCAAAACUCCUUCACAACCCACCAAGUGAAUCAGAACCUUACAAUUGGCAACAAGAUCUUUCUGAAUUAAAUUUCAAACUACGAGUCGAUAUCCCAAAAGAUUCGAUUAAGUUUUUAUCUCAAGUUGAUUCAUUAUAUAUUGGUUGUUCAUUGGAUUUGAAAACCAAUCAUACGAAUCCUAAACUUUGGCUCGAUCGACAUUCUCAUCUAGAUCAUUCAUCAUGGCAACAACUUUCAGGUCGAAUCGAAAAUGAACUUAAAUCAGAAUUAUCUAUAGUCACAAUUGAAAACCUUACGGAUACUCUUACUCAUCUGUCACAAAAAUUACCUGAAUGGGUUCAAGAAAUCAAAAGCUCUGAUCUAUCUAUCUCUACACCUAUUACUAUUGUACAAAAUCCUUCUUCUAUUGGACUUGAAGAUCAUGAUCAUUCAAAUGAACUGAUGUGUACUCGUGCUUGGUUUAAAUUUCCAUCACUUUCAACUAAAUCAAAACGAAAUGAUUUAGUCAAUCUUGCCAUCAAAUAUUCUAUGACAGGAUUUGUGAUGGCAGGAAAACCAGCUUGGUUAGCCAUUGAAAUUGAUUAUCAUCAAGUUUUGGAAAUCGAACGGUAUUGGUCAGAAAUCAAAACGGUUUCAUGGGCUGAUAUUCCAUCAUUUCAAAAAAAAGUUACUGAAGUGAUGAGAGAAGUUAAGGUUAAAAGAUGUUUUGGUCAAAUGAAAGAAGUUACUGAAUUCAUGAUUUCUCAUUCAAGAAAAAAACUUCUUAAUCCUCAUCAUAAUAAAUCGGAUCAUGUUGAAAAAGAAGAAAUCGCUGAUUGGUUAAGGAGAUUGGGUAUACCUGAAGAAACUCUUUUAGUUGUACUUGGCUUUUCUCGUACUUGA